AUGGGAAAUCAGUGGGUUUUGGGGCUUCAUCUCGUUUUCUUAAGCAUGUUUUUGGUUGCAACCAAAUAUACUUGUUUGGGUGCUCAAAAUUCGACAAGAAGCUGCCAUGAACGAGAGAGACUAGCACUACUCGAGUUCAAACACAGCGUCAAAGAUGACUUUGAAAUACUCUCAUCAUGGGUUGGCAUUGAUUGUUGCUCAUGGAAAGGAGUCCGCUGUGAUGGUGUCACCGGAAGAGUUGUCGGUCUUCAUCUCAGAGGAGAUUUCGGCGACUAUGAUUACUACGAAGACGGUUACUACUUAGAAGGUGAUAAAGUGACCCCAUAUUUGGCUGAGUUAAGACAUCUGCAGCAUCUGGAUUUGAGUGGGAAUAAUUUUUAUGGAAGUCAAAUUCCUAAAUUCAUUGGAUCCUUCAAGCAGCUAAGUUACCUCAAUCUCUCUUAUGCAUUUUUUAGUGGUAUUAUUCCCCAUCACAUUGGAAAUCUCUCCAAUUUGAAGGUUCUUGAUCUUCGUUCAUCUUCAUAUGAUGAAACUCGGCUAAUCACGUCAAAUGAUAUGGCAUGGGUUUCUGGCCUUUCCUCACUUGAGCAUCUUGACUUGAGUGGCGUAAAUCUUUCUCAAGCAAACAAUGUUGAUAUGGUAUUUUACAUGAUUCCUUCAUUAACAUAUUUAAGUUUGAGUUGGUGUGGACUUAUUAAUGCUGAUCUUGGACUCCAUCUUAAUUCAAGUAAAAUACUUCCCAACAUUGAACAUCUGGAUCUUAGCUCCAACAGCUUUGAAGGUCAACUCCCUCAUUUUUUUCAGAACUUGACAUCCUUAACGUUCCUUGAUCUUUCAUACUAUAAUCUUAGUCUGGCAUGGAACUCUGUAAACCUGCUAAACAUGAUCCCUUCUUUAUCUGAAUUGCAUUUGUCAGUGUGUGGGCUUCACAAUGCCCCCUUUUCACCCACUUAUUUGAAUUCCAGUGCCCAUUCUAACAUACAAUAUCUUGAUCUUAGCUGUAAUUCAAUUGGGGGUAGGUUUCCAUCUAAACUAAUGAACAUCACUUCCCUAACAUUCCUUGACCUUUCAGAAAACCUUUUGCACUCAUCAGUUCCUGUCAUGCCUAACCUUCUAAAGCUCGAUGUUUCUUAUAAUAACUUUGAGCACAUCGAGCUUGUUGGGAUUUGGAGACAAUGUCAUCUGAAGGAAUUAAGCGUUUCUGGUAAUCAUUUUGGGGGAGAAAUGAUAGGCCCAUCAUCAAACACGUCUGAAUGUUCCCACUAUGCGUUAGAGGUGUUGGAAGCACAAGUAAAUGAAUUAAACGGUUCGAUUCCAGAAUCAUUGGGAAGAUUAAGAUCUUUAGAAGCAUUAGAUCUGUCUGAUAACAAAUUAACCGGUUCAGUUCCAACAUUCCUUGGAAACCUUACCAAACUUGAGCUUUAUUAUAAUCAAUUUAGCGGUUCUAUCCCAGAAUCAUUGGGAAGAUUAACAGGUUUAACGUAUUUAGAUCUGCAAUCAAACCUGUUAACAGGUUCAAUCCCAGAAUCAUUGCGAAGAUUAACAGGUUUAACGUAUUUAGAUCUGCAAUCAAACCUGUUAACAGGUUCAAUCCCAGAAUCAUUGGGAAGAUUAACAGGUUUAACUCUUUUGAAUCUACAAACAAACCGGCUAACAGGUCCAAUCCCAGAAUCAUUGGGAAGAUUAACAGGUUUAACUCUUUUAUAUCUGAAAUCAAACCUGUUAACAGGUCCAAUCCCAGUUACAGUUGGGCAACUCACCAAACUCGUUAACUUAGAUGUCUCUGAAAAUUCUUUAGAAGGAGUGGUUAUGGAAGCCCAUUUUGCUAACCUCUCGAUGUUGCUGUCGUUGGAUACAAGUGCUAAUCAUAAGUUGAUUUUUAAUGUCUCACAUGAGUGGAUACCUCCAUUCCAACUGAGGAAUGUUCAACUUAGUUCUUGCAAGAUUGAAAAUGGAUUUCCACACUGGUUGCAAAAUCAAAGGAAGCUUGUGAGUCUGGAAUUGUCUAAUACUAGCCUAUAUGGACCUCUACCAACAUGGUUGCGGAAUAUGUCCAUGAUUGCUAGCUUAGAUCUCUCUAACAACAAACUAAUUGGAUCUUUGAUAAACCUUCCAUUAAGCGAAUAUACCAGGAUUAUACUUCUACAACACAACCUUUUAAAUGGGUCAAUUCCAAGGUCAAUGUGUAGAAGAAGAAGGUUGGUAAUUCUCGAUGUUUCCAGCAAUCGGUUAUCUGGAAAUAUUCCUGAUUGUCUAGAGAAUCUACAAGACAUGAGGAUGCUUAUACUUAGUUCAACUGGGUUGUCUGGAGUCCUUCCAAGUUCUUUUGGAAAUAUUUAUUCAUCAUUAGAAUGGUUAAAACUGAAUGAUAAUAACUUUAAUGGCCAACUUCCACGAGAUUUGGGAAAGUUGAGAGACUUGAAACUUUUGGAUUUGGGUAAUAACAAAUUCUCCGGAAUCAUACCCAAAUGGAUUGGAAAAAAACUUUCAUCAUUGGAAAUUCUGAGGUUGCAUAAAAACAACUUCACAGGAGGUAUUCCUCAUUCUUUGUGCCAAUGUUCAGAUCUUCGUAUUUUAGAUAUCGCACACAACCACCUAAUAGGAUCCAUCCCUCAUUGUUUUGGAGAGAUGAGCGGGAUGAUUGAGGCAAGAGAUGAAAAUUAUCGACAAUACUACGAGGACACUGAUGUGAUCGACGUGAUUCAGGUCAUGAAAGGAAUCGAGCUUGAUUAUACAACAACAAUGGGUUUAGUUAUUAACAUGGACCUUUCAAGCAAUAAACUUACAGGAGAAAUCCCUCCAGAGAUAACUGCACUUGCUAUGUUGAUGGGUCUCAAUUUGUCUCACAAUCAUCUGAGUGGGAGUAUUCCAGAUAGCAUCGGAAACAUGAAGGCGUUAAAUUCACUCGAUUUCUCAGACAACCAAUUAACUGGGACAAUCCCUCCAAGCAUGGCAGCUUUGAACUUUUUGAGCUCUAUGAAUCUCUCAUACAACAAAUUGUCAGGAAGAAUUCCAACCGGAAAACAACUGCAGACACUUAACGACCCAUCAAUAUAUGCUGGUAACAGGGAUCUCUGUGGUGCACCUCUGCCAAAUAAUUGUUCUAAUCCUGAAAACCCACCAGCCACAAGAAGCAAGAAGAAAUACAAAAAGGCUAAUGGGCUAAGGAAGGUAUGGUUUUACUUGGACAUAACGUGUGGAUUUGCAACAGGUUUUUGGGGUAUUAUUGGAGUUUUGGCAUUCAAGAAGCAAUGGAGAAGGAAGCUUUUUAUGAUUGCAGAGGUAACCAUGGAUAAAGUAUAUGUGGCGGUCGCAGUGAGAAUUUCCAAGAUUAAAAGGGGCAGAAGAGAUGCCAAAUAG